UAAUUUUGUUUGAGAGAGAGAGAGAGAUGGAAGGUAAAGCAAUAUUUGAUCUAUGGUGGUCUGUGAUUCUGAACAUCAUUUCUGCCGCACUGAUGCGGGUUUGUGAAGUGAUGUGGUUGAAGCCGAGAAGGAUUCAAUCAAAACUAUCAAAACAAGGUAUUGGAGGGCCAAAGCCAACCUCCUUCUUGAAUGGGAACAUGCAAGAGAUGAAGAAGAUUCAACGUAUGGCUGUCAGAACUACUCCUCUAUCCCUUGGCCAAGUUGUCUCCCAUGAUUCCUGUCAAUUUGGGAAGCUGCAUAGACAAGUUUUGCCGAUCAACAAUUCAUGGAGAGCAAGCCAAAAACUUGAGCUAGUUCAUACAGAUGUUUGUGGUCCAAUGAAGACUGCUUUGCUUGGUCAGAAUCUCUAUUUCAUUCUUUUUAUUGAUGAUUACACCAGAAUGACGUGGGUGUAUUUUAUGAGCAGCAAGGCACAAGUUUUCUCUGUGUUUAAAAAGUUCAAGGUACUUGUUGAGAACCAAAGUGGCUACAAAAUCAAAACCUUGAGAUCUGACAAUGGAAAAGAAUACACUUCAAAGGAGUUUGACAGCUUUUGUGAAGAUGCAGGGAUAGCACAUCAGUUAACUGUCCCUUAUACUCCUCAACAAAAUGGAGUUUCUGAGAGGAAGAAUAGAACAAUUAUGGAGAUGGCUCGAUGUAUGUUGCAUGAAAAGAAGCUGCCUAAGAAUUUUUGGGCAGAGGCUGUUUAUACAACUAUAUAUUUGUUGAAUGGUUUGCCUACUAAGGCUGUGCAAGGAAAGACACCUAUUGAGGCUUGGUUUGGUGUUAAGCCUUAUGCACAUCAUUUGAAAAUUUUUGGCUCUAUUUGCUAUACUCAUGUGCCUGAUGCAAAGAGAACCAAGCUUGAUGUUAAAGCUGAAAUUGGUAUUCUGGUGGGUUACUCUACAAAAUCAAAAGGCUACAGGGUAUACAACUUGCAAUCUGGAAAAAUUUCAGUUCACAGGGAUGUACAAUUUGAUGAAGAUUCUCAUUGGGAUUGGGACAAGAGAGUUGUUGUGAAAAAUGGUGAUAUAGCCUCUGUCAAGGAUGAUGUAGAAGCUUCCAAAGAGGAAAUUUCAGCUUCUAAUGUAGCUGAUGUUGAUGCUCACCAUGAUUCCCCUGUUACGAAAACUAAAUCCUUGUCUGAAAUUUAUGAAAGAUGCAACCUGGCUGUUUUAGAACCCAACACGUAUGCAGAAGCUUCCAAGCAUGACAUAUGGAGGCAUGCAAUGCAGGAGGAGAUGCAGAUGAUUACAAAAAAUGAAACUUGGGAAUUAACUUCCCUACCACCGGAAAAGAAUGCAAUUGGAGUCAAAUGGGUGUUUAGAACCAAGAUGAAUCCUGAUGGCUCCAUUCACAAGCACAAAGCCAGAUUGGUAGUGAAAGGAUAUGCUCAGCAAGCUGGAAUUGAUUAUGGUGACACUUUUGCACCAGUUGCUCGGCAUGAUACAGUCAGAAUGUUGAUUUCUUUAUCUGCUAAUUUUGGCUGUACAAUUUACCAUGUUGAUGUCAAAUUAGCUUUCUUGAAUGGCCAUUUGCAGGAAGACAUUUAUGUGCAACAACCUGAGGGCUUUAUUAUUUCUGGUCAUGAAGACAAGGUUUACAAGCUUAAAAAAGCUUUGUACGGGCUCAAGCAGGCACCUAGAUCCUGGUACAGCAGGAUUGAUUCAUUUCUCCUUCAACAAGGGGAGAUGAGUUAUUUUUUAGGCAUGGAAAUUCAUCAAUGUGAAUCUGGUAUAUUUGUUUCUCAACAUAAAUAUGCCCUUGAUGUCUUGAAGAAAUUCAGUAUGGAUCAAUGCAAGUCUGUGCUUACUCCCUUAGUUCAAAAUUCAAAAUUAAUUGCUGAAGAUGGUUAUGAGAAGACAGAUGCUUCUAUUUACAGAAGCUUGGUUGGGAGUCUCUUGUAUCUUACUGAAACCAGACCAGAUCUCAUGUAUGCAGCAAGCUUAUUAUCUAGGUUCAUGCAUUCUCCUAGUCAAGCUCAUUUUGGUGUUGCAAAAAAGGUGCUGAGAUAUCUCAAUGGAACUUCAGAUUAUGGUUUAUGGUUUGAGAAGCAUAAACAUGGAAUUCUGCACUGUUUUUCUGAUAGUGAUUGGGCUGGAAGUCAUGAAGAUGCCAAGAGCACAACUGGUUUUGUGUUCUUUUUUGGUUCUGCAGCUUUUUCUUGGAUGUCUAGAAAGCAAGAAGUCGUUGCUCAAUCAACUGCAGAAGCUGAGUAUAUUGCUGCAGUAGAAACCGUAAAUCAUGCAACAUGGAUUAACAAGAUGCUAAUUGAUAUGGGGUGUUAUCAGCUCAAGCCUUGUGUUAUCUACUGUGAUAACAAUUCUGCCAUUGUUAUUGCUCAUAAUCCUGUCCAGCAUGGUCGUACUAAGCAUGUCAAUGUUAAAUUUCAUGUGCUUAGGAAUAUGGUGCAGAGUAAGGAAAUUGAGAUGGGCAUGGUGGGUCUGAUGGAGGAAUCUACCAUGGUUAUGGCAGAAGCAUGGGAGAGGUGCAUAACAGAAAGUGAGGAAGGAGUUGUGGAUAUAACAGUUGAUCAGGACAUGAGAAGUGUUUCUGCAGAUAUAAUCUCAAAAACUUGUUUUGGAAGUUCUUAUGCCCAAGGCAAGCAGAUCUUUGAAAAGCUAAGGGUCCUCCAAAAUACCAUUUUCAGUGCUAGUAUGCUAUUUGGACUUCCACAAUUCAGAUUUCUUCUUGUAAAGGGGUAUGAAACCACUGCACUUACAGCAUCUUGGAGUUUAAUGCUUCUUGCAUUACAACCUGAAUGGCAAGAACGUGUUCGAGGUGAGAUUGUCAAGAUACGUGGUGAUCCUCUGCAGCUACGCCAUCUUGAGCUGGACACCAUUAGCCAAAUGAAAACGCUAACAAUGGUCAUUCAAGAAAGCUUGCGUCUUUAUGGACCAGCUAUUAUUAUGACUAGGGAAGCUUUUGCAGAUAUCAAGUUAGGAGAUCUUGUCAUACCAAAAGGGAUCCACAUAUGGAACCUGAUUCCAGUAUUGCACCGUGACCCUGAAAUUUGGGGGGCGGAUGCUGGGGAGCUCAAGCCAGAAAGAUUUGCAAAUGGGAUAUCUGAAGCCCGCAAGUAUCCACAAGCAUACAUGCCUUUUGCUUAUGGCAGCCGACUCUGUUUAGGCCAGACCUUUGCAAUGUUGGAACUGAAAAUUAUACAUUCUUUCUAUCUAGAUUUCCCCUUUCCCUCUCCCCCAAAUAUUGCCACUCUCCAACAUACAAACUGACAUUAACUCCAGAAAAUGGGAUGAGACUUCUGGUAAAGAGAGUAAGCUAAGCAUAACUUUCAGCUCGCGAAUGUCUUAGGAUCAUUGCUGAAGUAUAAUUACCAUGCAUUUAUGCAAAAUUAAAUUGCCAGUUUACUG